AUGUCUCGCCAGUCCUGCGCUCUCGGCAAGGGCUUCAGCUCCAGCUCCGCCUGCUUCGGGGGCAAGAGCAAAGUCACCUUCGGCUGCGUGCCCCGGCGAGGGGGCAGGGGAGCCGGCGGCGCUGGGGGCUUCGGCAGCAGGAGCCUCUACUCCCUGGGAGGGAGCAAGAGCACCUCCCUGGCAGGAUUUGGGGGAGGGGCUGCUGUCUGCAGGGGGUUUGGGGCUGGCGGCCCAGGAGGCUUCGGCUACGGGGCCGGGGCAGGCUUCGGCGCUGGCUAUGGUGCUGGGGCUGGCUUCGGUGCUGGGGCUGGCUUCGGGGGAGGCUUCGGGGGAGGCUUCGGGGGUGGCUUCGGGGGAGGCUUUGAUGGGCAGGGCUUCCCUGCGUGCCCUCCUGGUGGUAUCAAGGAGGUGACCAUCAACCAGAGCCUGCUGGCCCCGCUCAAGCUGGAGAUUGACCCCGAGAUCCAGAAGGUGAGGACGCAGGAGACCAAGGAGAUGAAGCAGCUCAACGACAAAUUCGCCUCCUUCAUCGACAAGGUCAGGUUCCUCGAGCAGCAGAACCAAGUCCUGGAGACCAAGUGGAAGCUCCUUCAGGAGCAAGGUGGCACAGUGCCAGGGAGCAGGAGCCUUGACCCCUUCUUUGAGACCUACAUCAGUGGGCUGAGGAAGCAGCUGGAUUGCCUCUCCAGUGAGAAGAUCCAGCUGGAGUCAGAGCUGAAGAGCUUCCAAGACAUGGUGGAAGACUUCAAGACCAAGUAUGAGGAGGAAAUCAACAAGAGGACAGCAGCAGAGAACGACUUUGUGCUCCUCAAGAAGGAUGUGGAUGGAGUCUACAUGAGCAAGGUGGAGCUGCAGGCCAAGCUGGACUCCCUGGCAGAUGAGAUCAACUUCCUGAGGUGCCUCUACGAAGCAGAGCUGGAGCAGAUGCAGAAGACAGUUGCCGACACCUCUGUGGUCCUCUCCAUGGACAACAACCGAAGCCUGGACCUGGACAGCAUCAUUGCAGAGGUCAAAGCCCAGUACGAGGAGAUUGCCACCAGGAGCAGGCUGGAGGCUGAGUCCUGGUACAAAUCCAAGUAUGAAGAGCUGCAGGCCACAGCUGGCAAACAUGGAGACAGCCUCAGGGACACCAAGGCUGAGAUCUCAGAGCUCAACCGCGUGAUCCAGAGGAUCCGAGCCGAGAUCGAGAGCGUGAAGAAGCAGUGUGAGGCUCUGCAGACCUCCAUCGCCGACGCCGAGCAGCGCGGGGAGCUGGCCCUGAAGGAUGCCCGGAGCAAGCUGACCGAGCUGGAGACAGCCCUGCAGAAGGCCAAGCAGGACAUGGCCAAGCAGCUGAGGGAUUACCAGGAGCUGAUGAACGUCAAGCUGGCCCUGGACGUGGAGAUUGCAACCUACAGGACGCUGCUGGAAGGAGAGGAGUGCAGGAUGUCAGGAGAGUGCCAGAGCACCGUCAACAUCUCCGUGGUGGGCGGCGGUGGCAGCGGCGGCUCCGUGGGAGGCGGCUUCGGCGCCGGACUCUGCCUGCCGGGAGGCUUCGGCGCUGGCAGCUGCGGGGCCGGCGGCGCCGGCGGCGCCGGCUUCUGCUACAGCCUAGGAGGAGGCAGUGGGUUUGGGGCAGGGGGAGGCUUCGGCUCCGUCGGCGGGGGAGGCUGCAGCUCGGUGGUCACAGGCUCUGGCAGCAUCCUGAAGAAGAGCGGCCGGAGGGUCUAG